AUGAAAGCUCAUCUUCAGCAAGUUACUAGCCCCAUUUCAGUUUCAUUCGUCAUACAACCAGAUAAAACGAAUAUUUAUGAAGAGUUUCAGAAACGCAUUCAUUUAUUGCAUUCAAAUGGUAUAUCGACAACUGUUGAAAAAGGAACGAUUGUUAUUGAGAAAGGAAAUAUAACAAAACAAAAGGUUGAUAUUAUUAUUGGUAGCUCAUCAUCGGAUGCCUUAAGACAAGGAAUAAUGAAGGCAGCAGAGAGUAACAUUAACACAGCAUAUGAGGCUGAACAAACACGUAGUCCGAAUUCAAUAUUUAUUUCACUUGAACCUGAUAAUCCCAACUGGAAUGGAACUUGGCGUGGUUCGCUAACAAACUACCCAAUGAGACCCGGAUCUUCUGCUGUAGAUGUGUUAAUGGAAAUAGGGUCAUACCCAACUAGUGACAACACUUGUACGGUGUGGCGUAACACGUAUUUACAAGGCGAAGAAGUUCAAGCAGUAAAAGACUAUCGUCUGUGUCGUGGCCAAGGUGCUGAUGAUCUUGUUAUUGAUGAAGGUAAUGACGUUAAACUUGAGACACGAUGGAUUGGUGAUGUACUCGUUACGCCAUUCAAAUAUGACAAUUUACUUUUGAUCUCUAGUACACGAUUACGCGGAGAUAUUCUCGAAGAAGAAAUCGUGAUUAUUGAUGACAAACCUGCAAUAAAAGGAGUACAGUCAGUGCAUACACGUGCUAUCCAACGCAUUGAAUUGAAGCGUGUUAAAUCAUAA